UCUUUUUCUCCCUUUAUCACUCUCUUUCUCCCGAUUAUAUAUGGAAAAUGACCCAGAAUGUGGGGAGAAAAACUCGUGGAACAAUAAGCGCGGAGAAGGGACCCACCUGACCACAAAAAAGCUGGUCGAGAAAGAAUCCAGAUCCCACCCACUACCAUUUGUUUGUUCUCUUCCCACUUUCUCCCCAUCUCUACCACGUUCUCCUCCCGUACAUCUUUCUCUAAAUCCAACCGCUCCAUUUCUGUCCGGCAUUUGACACCCAUGGGGCACUGUAACUCAGACAACCCCAAAUUCUGUGAAGAUAUCUUAUCUUUGCCCCCUCUAGAUAUCAAUUGCCAUCCUGUUCGCGCAGACUCGGCCGAGUUAAACCGUCGUCAAGCCCGGCAUGGACCAGUACCUGCGUCGGCAUCAUGGUGGGAACCGUCGCUCAUGGAAUGGGAAGUCGUAGCGUUUCCACCGCAGCCAACAGCACAACCGAUGAAAGCACCGGACUUUCUCAAUUACUGGUGCCCGGAUGGGUGGGCAGCUGGUUGUUCAUGCUUGGAUACCGGUCACCAUGCUCAACCCACCGAGCGAGUCGACUCCAGCAACUAUUCCACUCCACAUUCGCACUCGCGUGCCAGCUCUUCUAACGGCAGCUUGGCUCAUGGCAACUCCUCGUCGAAUAGAUCGUCCAUCGUCGAGGUUCCGUCAUUAAGGGACAGUUCUCAACGAUUACCCGCAGAAGCUACCAAGGCUCUAAAAUCGUGGUUCUACGAGCAUCAAAACUACCCUUACCCUAAUGAAAGGGAAAGGGGGGAGCUCGAACAGCUGACCGGGCUGAAUAAAACUCAAAUCUCUAACUGGUUCACCAAUGCUCGACGGCGCAGAGGAACAAGCAUGGCAUCGACCCCAGACACAAGCUCGUGUGAGAACUCCAUAUUAUCACCACUCGAACGGUGGAAGCACUCCCCGCCUGAAAAUGAGGCCGCCGCUACAUCGGAUAUCAUACGCGCACUAGAAGAACCCCCGUGCUCGUUCGAGGAGGCAGCUCCCCGAUCCAUGUCAUUGGGUGCUCUCUCGAGUAGGAGCUCCAGGAGCUCAUUUAUCCUCGGCGCACCAUCGAUGAGUAGCUGUGAGCAAAGUCAAUCAUCAGGAUCAGAGGCCUCAUUUCAGCAAUCCCAUCGUUACCCACGGAGACCCCCCACUCCGAUCCCAGGGAUGGGGCCCCGUCGCCGCCGGCGCAAACCACCACGUCCAGUGCCUCGCCCGAAAAAUCGAAAGGCGCCAGGCAAAUGUCUUUACCAGUGCACCUUCUGCUCCGAUACGUUUGGGAGCAAAUACGACUGGCAGAGACACGAAAAGGCUUUACACUUACCCGUGGAUCGUUGGCAUUGUGCUCCUGGGGGUGGCAUUUGCGAAGUAGACGGAGCCAAAGUCUGUGUCUUUUGUUUCGCGCAAGACCCCGACUCCCAACAUCUCGAGUCACACAAUUAUCACUCGUGCCGACAGCGCCCCCCUGAACUCCGGACAUUCUCACGAAAAGACCACCUUAGACAGCAUCUACGCCUGACCCAUAAUGUCGACUACGACCCAUCCAUGGAGCACUGGAGACAUCUCACAACCCGCGUGAUCUCCCGGUGUGGCUUUUGCGAAACCAAUUUCAACACCUGGGACGCCAGAGUCGACCACCUCGCAGAGCAUUUCAAGAAUGGCGUGGACAUGGACCAGUGGAAGGGCGACUGGGGGUUUGAACCUGAUGUUGAACGCCUCGUGACCCACGCUAUGCCCCCUUACCUUUUAGGACAAGAGAGACGAACGAUGGACCCGUGGAAGAUAUCAGAAGCGUUGCAGUCGGUCGAAGAUGAACUACCAGCGUUGAACUGUAAUGUUCCCAAUGCUUUCAACCGGUAUACAGGGCUACGGGAUGCCCUCCUCGCCUACCUUCGUGAUCAGGCCGCUAUGAACAUCAAUCCAUCGGACCAAAUGAUUCAAGACCAUGCUCGUCAAGUUGCCUACGAGGGGAAUGACUAUUGGAACUCAACGUAUGCCGAUGAUCCGCGGUGGUUGGAGGCUCUUCGACGGGGAGCUGGCAUUACCUGAACCCACUCACUGCUUCUCAUACUAUAUAUCCAAUGCAUAACGAAUUCCCUAGAUUGAAAAUAUGGUGCCAUGCG